CUUCUGCGGAGUGACAUUCUCUCUGGACACGGAAAACGUGUCAUACAGUUGGUCAAACUCACUGGUCGCGUUUGUUUUAGCUUGCUGGAAUAGAUCAACAACCGAUGAAAGAAACGAUCUGUUUGAAGAAGGAGGUAUCGCAUCAUACGUCUUGACUUGGCUAGCUGGUGUUGUAGGGGCUUCUACUUCUCGCACCAGAUGUGAAUGGUCGCCUGAUCGGGACAUUUUGAGUCAAAGCGCGUUAGAAGCCAAGAAUUAUCGGGAAGAUAGCAGUUUUGCGAAAUUUUCUGGCGCAGAUCACGUGCAGCGAGAUUUUGUAUAAAAAAAACUUGGCGUCAGCCUCGCCCAGUGAAAGAAUAGUCUUGUGAACAGUUGAUAGCCAGCUCCAUGGUAGGAACGGAUUCCGAAUACUCGCCCAAUGGUAGUCGAAGAAAACGAACUACACCUUGCACAGAAUGCAAGUUUCACAGACGAAAGUGCAUACGUAUUGAUGACAAUGCAAAGUGCGAGCGAUGUGUCCGACUGAAAAGACAAUGCGUCAAUGUCUCUCGAAAACCGGAAAGCGAGGAAGAUAACUCCAUCGAUGAUGAGAUUGUCAGCGAUGAAACAACCACUCAUACAAUCAUUAACUAUUACCAACAACUGAACGAGUUACAAGAGCAAUUUCAUAGUCUUGAAAAAGCCCUUACGAUGGCAAGGAUCACACCAGAAUUAUCGUAUUCAGCUUCCGACUUUGAUAGUAGUAGUAGUGGUAGCACAAGCAACGAAUCAAUCAGCCUUCUGCCGCCACUAUCACCAGAUGGAAAAGCUGAUCCGAAUGAACAACAAGUUGUCCGCAGUAAAAGACAAAAAACCCUUGAUGGAAGCAAUAAGCAAAGCUGGACUUUAUCAAUGACUAAGAAUGGACUCAGUGUCCACACCAAUAUUCAAAGUGUGCAAGACUUGAUGUCAUUUGGAAUGUACGCAGUGCAAUAUCUUGACGGGAUUUCCAUCAAUCCACCGCCGAGCGAUGGAUUAAGUACAUUAUCUCUAAUUGCACGAGGUCGAGUCAACAAUAUAUCUCAUAUAUUCCAUCAAGCACUGAAAAAGAAUGCAGGUCAUGGUGCUGUUUCAGUACCCAGUGUUUCCGCCUCUCUCAUCUUUGACCAAGAAAAUGUCAUAUCGAUCUUAUUGACGGCAUACUUUGCAUGCUUCAAUGACUCCCACUCCAUUAUGACUAGAUCGCUAUACUACUCCCGCUUUCACAACCCUGAAGAUCCUCUUUCUUCUCCCCUCACAGCUGUCAUGUGUGCUGUGAUGACGAUGCGACCAUGUAGGCAUAUACCAUAUAGUUUCCAAGAGUUGCGACAGAUGGGCGAAUAUUUUUUCAACAUUGCUAGAGAUGGCUUAGCCGACAUCAUACACGAACCAUCACAGUCAACUGAAGGCACCAUUGGUUUUCUGCUGCUAGCACAUUAUUGUUUCUACACCUUACGGUUCUCUGAAGCACGCAGCUAUUCCACAACAGCUUAUUUAAUAGCACACAACGCUGUUGGACAUAUCAAAGAGAUCAAUAGUACCAGUGCCGAGAUGGUCAUCAUGAAGCGAGUGUAUUUCAUGCUUUCAUUACAAGAAUCCUCCCUCAAGAAUUUCCUUGGAGGUCAAUCGGACAACUUCGACGUGGAGAUUUUCAAUACUAAACUGGAGGCAUUGCCCGAUGAUAGUGACUUUGGUCGAACCUUCAUAAAACUUGGAUCACGAAUUUUAAACUUACUUAGAAGUCAGCAGCUGUUGAGGGUCUUGAGACAACUCCACAACGCACAUUCCGGAGAAAUCACAGAGUUUUCAGCAGACGCAUUUAUCAGACUGCAACAUUUGAUUCAAAAUUGGUGGAAAGAUACGCCACUGGAAGAACGUGUUUUUCUUAAUCCAUUUGAAAUCAAGGUAGAGAGAGGCGAUUUUGACAAAGUUCAACACUCUCAUCAGUUCAUGGCUUUGUUAGCUUUUCAUGCAUUUCAAAUUUCCGUCCAUUCAUGCUUCAUUUCUGGUGAAAACGAUUACCUUGAUCAAGAGAAGCAAUCCACAUGUAGCGAACAAGCUAACGCUAUAUACUAUCAAUCCAUGAGAGUUUGUCUCAAUAGCAGUAAAAUGUUGUUGGACAUCUCCGAAAAGAUUUAUCAAUUAGAUGACAUUUGUCGAUUUGAUUAUGGAUUUUUAAUGGGCAUUUUGGAAGCACUGGCAGUGCUCACCGCAUCCAAUGACCAAUUCAUUGCGAAAGAGGCUAGUAUUUAUGUGAAAAAAUGCUUCACUCUCGUACGAAUGACGAUGUUUCAAGACAUGACUUCGGUACCUGAUAAGUUGGUUGUGGGCCAAAAGCCAGACAAACAUCUUGUGACUUUGCCAUUGUAUGAUAGCUGCCCCUCUCCCGCCUUAUACAUUAUGUGGGAAUCAAUGGUUCGAUCGCUUUCUGAACUUGGAAUUCACAUUGAAUAGACAUGCCUGUAUCCCCCGUCCCUCUUAUUUGUAGCAUUUCCUGUACCAUAAUUAAUUCUUACUUUUACAAAUGCCCCAUAUAAAGUCAAUGGUAAAACAGAAAUACAAAAAGACUAUCUGCAUACCAAAUCUUUUUCUUAAAAAAAA